GCGGUCCUGCUGCUGCAGCCGGAGGCGACUUCGGAGCGGGACGCCCGGGAGAAGCUGGCUCUCUGGGACCGGAGACCGGACACCACGGCGCCGCUGACCGACCGGCAGAUGGACUCGGUGCUCGAGUUGAAGGCAGCGGCGGAGAACCUGCCCUUGCCGACCGAGCUUCCAUUUGAAGACUUCAGCAAUAUAACAUCCCAGCCACUGCCGGUUUCCCCGUCUUCAGUGGUGCCUGAAUCUAUGGAAGACAUUCUCACGAAGGGCUUUACAUCCUUAGAGAUGGAAGAUGAAAGAAUUGAAACUGCUCAGCAGUUUUUCUCUUGGUUUGCAAAGCUCCAAACUCAGAUGGAUCAGGAUGAAGGAGCUAAAUACAGACAGAUGAGGGAUUACUUGUCUGGGUUUCAGGAGCAGUGUGAUGCUAUAUUGAAUGAUGUAAACAAUGCUCUUCAGCAUCUGGAGUCAUUGCAGAAACAGUAUCUUUUUGUGUCUAAUAAGACAGGAGCCCUACACGAAGCCUGUGAACAGCUCCUCAAAGAACAGUCGGAACUUGUUCAUCUGGCUGAAAGUAUUCAACAAAAGCUUUCCUAUUUUAAUGAAUUGGAAACUAUUAACACAAAAUUGAAUUCCCCUACAUUGUCUGUGAAUAGUGAAGGAUUUAUACCUAUGCUGGCCAAGUUAGAUGAUUGUAUAACGUAUAUCUCAUCUCAUCCAAAUUUUAAAGAUUAUCCUGUAUAUUUGCUGAAGUUUAAGCAGUGUCUCUCUAAAGCGUUGCAUCUCAUGAAGUCGUACACUGUGAACACACUACAGAACCUCACUAACCAGUUACUGAAAAGGGAUCCUUCAUCUGUACCUAAUGCAGACAACGCAUUCACACUAUUCUAUGUGAAAUUUCGAGCUGCUGCCCCCAAAGUCAGAACACUUAUUGAACAAAUAGAACAACGAUCGGAAAAAAUACCUGAAUACCAACAACUCCUCCAUGACAUCCACCAGUGUUACCUUGACCAGCGGGAGCUCCUCCUAGGCCCUAGCAUUACUUGUACUGUAACCGAGUUAACCAGCCAGAAUAACAGAGACCAUUGUGCCUUGGUCCGCAGUGGCUGUGCCUUUAUGGUCCAUGUCUGCCAGGAUGAACACCAGCUCUACAACGAGUUUUUCACAAAACCAACCUCAAAACUAGACGAGCUUUUGGAGAAACUGUGUGUGUCCUUGUAUGACGUCUUCAGGCCACUGAUCAUUCAUGUUAUUCACUUAGAGACUCUGUCAGAGCUCUGUGGGAUUCUUAAAAACGAGGUGCUUGAAGAUCAUGUACAGAACAAUGCUGAACAGCUGGGGGCAUUUGCAGCUGGUGCAAAGCAGAUGUUGGAAGAUGUUCAAGAGCGGCUCGUGUACCGGACCCACAUCUACAUUCAGACUGACAUCACUGGCUACAAGCCAGCCCCGGGUGACCUGGCCUACCCCGACAAGUUAGUCAUGAUGGAGGAGAUUGCACAGAGUUUAAAAGAGGAACAGAAGAAAGUGCCUCCCGAAGCUUCCUUCUCAGAUGUGCGGCUGGAAGAAGCAGAGCCCAACGACCUAACCAAAUCUGGCUCUGUAGAAUCCCUCAGUCCUAGAGCACAGACCACGAUUUCUCCAGCAGACCUCCAUGGGAUGUGGUACCCGACAGUCCGGCGAACGCUCGUCUGUCUCUCCAAAUUGUACAGAUGCAUAGAUAGAGCAGUGUUCCAAGGAUUAUCACAGGAAGCCUUGUCUGCCUGCAUUCAGUCCUUGUUGGGAGCAUCAGAGUCUAUCAGCAAAAACAAGACUCAGAUUGAUGGACAGCUUUUCUUAAUUAAGCACCUUUUGAUACUUCGUGAACAAAUUGCUCCAUUUCAUACUGAAUUCACCAUUAAGGAAAUUUCCCUGGAUCUCAAGAAAACUAGAGAUGCAGCAUUUAAGAUCCUGAACCCUAAGACUGUUCCACGAUUUUUUAGGCUGAAUAGCAACAAUGCUUUGAUAGAGUUUUUGUUGGAGGGCACUCCUGAGAUAAGAGAGUAUUACCUUGACUCCAAAAAAGACGUGGACCGUUACCUGAAGUCGGCCUGUGAGCAGUUUAUCCAGCAGCAGACCACGCUGUAUGUGCAGCAGCUGGAGGAGUUUCUGACCAAGGUUUCAGCAUUGAAAACAAUGGCCAGCCAGGGAGGCCCCAAGUACACGCUCUCCCAGCAGCCUUGGGCACAACCAGCAAAGGUCAAUGACCUUGUGUCAAAUGCCUUUAAGACAAUAAAAUCAAAGCUGCCUUUGACCUUGAGAAGUAUGUCACUGUACCUAUCCAAUAAAGAUACUGAAUUCAUCUUGUUUAAGCCUGUUAGGAAUAACAUUCAGCAAGCCUUCCAGAAGGUCCAGGCCUUAGUAAGGGAUGAGUUCAGCCCUGAGGACAGCCGGCUCAUCUUCUGCCCCACCGUGGAGCAGCUGAACAUACUGUUGUCGGGUUCGAAAUAGCCGGGCCAGCCAGCGGGGUGGAGCCCACGUAUCCACGUGGAGCGGAGGCGUCUGCUGCCUGCAGGAACAAGAGGACUUGUCCGUGACAGCAGCCCUGCGUGCUGCGCCAGCCUGCUGUGGCCCUCUGCUGGCUGCAGCGUGCCCUGCCAAAGACUAAUCUCCGAGUGGAGGCCACUGCCUCGUUUCAGUGCUCACAGGAAAUGGAAGUAUUUAGGAAGCAGCUGUGGGUGGUGGGGGUAGGGCAGGGAGGGGGUGUGCAGUGAAAUGGCUGUGACCCAAAGAUGUGCGCUGGAAACAGUUACAGUUGGUAGUAUGCUAAUUAAAGGCAGAGAUGGACUUUACACACACGCCACUCGUAAGCACGCUCCUGAGAGUAAGCUGUGUAAACGCCAGAAACACUACAGUCAUUUCAUCCACUGCACAUUCCACAGCCUUUCACCCCACACCUGCUGCCCCUACGUGCUGUAUCCACUGGAACGCUUGCCUCCCCUUUUGAAGUUAUGUGGAGCAGGCUGGAGGCUUUCCUAGGAGCCCAGGGGGUUAUCUCUGUGUGUUUGAUGGGAGGCAGUUUAAAGGCGCCUGCCUGGGCCUUGCUGAAAGUUCCAGAAUCUGUUCUUGAAUUGCUGAGGAGCAAAGGGUUCAAAAGCGGGAGCUGCUGCCUCUUCAGAAUGGAUAUGUGCAGCGUCUUUCGUGAAAAUCUUAGUGGCACUUGUUGAGUGUUUGUGAGUGGGAAGCACCCAUGAAGGGGCUCUCAGACCCAGCUCAGAAGGGAGGAGGAGCCUGAGGAAGGGCGGGGCUCAGGAAGGAAGGUCAGGGUUCCCAGCCCUCCACUGCCUUCCUCUGCAGCACUUCUCUGGAAGGGAACGCUUUGUGUGGUGUCAGCUGGCUGGGCCGUGCCCGGUGUGUCUUCCUUCGUGCCUAUCCCUGGAGAACACUGUCCCGACACAGGCAAGGGUGAUGAGGGGUGAGUGCCCACCCUUUAAUCCUACCAGACUGAGUCAAGGAUCCUCGAAUACAUCACACGCAUCUGGGACUUCCUCCAAAUGCCUGUUUCUGGAUGGGGGUGGUGGGGCGGUGCAGGCUUGCCUCGAACAUCACAGUAGUUGUAGUCUGCUUUGUUUCCAAAAGAACUGGGAGCACUUGGUUUCAACACUAGACUGGCAGGGGUGCCCUUCUGGGCUAGCAGUGGCCCUGCUUUCGUGGCCCCGAGGGAUGGGAGCAGCCUGGUUCCCCACGUCUCCAUCAGCUGCCUGUUGGUGGUGGUCAUCAUAGAGCUUAUCGCUCUGUGUUUG